CAAGAGUUGGGCCCCUGGCUGGGCAGGAUGAGGCAGCCAGGAGGGUCUAAUUAAAGGGACGAAAGCAGAAGCGACUGGACGCUCCGAUCCCCACACUUCCUCUCCACCUGCCAUGGCUGUCGUGGCAGCUGCCUGAACUCAGCUCUCAAGGACCAUGAGGGACAACAGAGGAGCCGCGGAACACCUCAUCAGGUUGGGAUGGAAAUGCUGGCGUUUGGGGAUCCACAAGGCGCUUGCCCCACUGCAAACUGCCUGGAAUGCCUUCUCCCAGCCCGUCCCCACCAGCUGCAGUGAACUUCUGACACAGCUGCUCCUGUGUGCCUCCCUGGCCUGUGUCAUCGCAGGCCUGCUUCAUCACUGGCUGAUCUCUUCACAGCUUUAUCCUCAGGGACCCCCUGCCCUGGUCACCACUGUCUGUGGCCUCCUGGUCUUUUUGAGCCUGGGCCUGGUGCCCCCCAUCCGCUGCCUAUUUGCGCUCAGUGUGCCUACCCUGGGCUCUGAGCAGGGCCGCCGGUUACUCCUGUCCUACAGUGUAGCCAACUUGGCUGUUGCCGUGGUGCCCAAUGUCUUAGCCAAUGUGGGUGCAGCCGGACAAGUGUUGUGCUGUGUUACUGAGGGCUCAUUGGAGAGUCUGCUUAAUACCACUUACCAGCUGGGCCUGGCAUCCCAGGCGCUGGGCCCAGCCAGCCAAGCAGGCAGUCGGAGCCUGGCGUUUGGGGUACAGGGCAACAGCUCAGCCUUCCGCCUUCACAUGCAUAUGGCCGCUCAGCAGAUCCUGGAGGACUUCUCUGGCCUGGAGUUCCUGACCCAGGCAGCACUGAGGACUCAGCGGGUGGUCACCGGGCUGUUUAUGCUGGGCCUCCUGGGCGACUCCGCCUGGUACCUUCACCACUACCUCACUGACCUGCGCUUCGACAAUAUCUAUGCCACCCGGCAGCUGGUUCAGCAGCUGACCCAGGCUGGUGCCACACAUCUGCUGGCCUCUCCACCUCCCUGGCUGCUCCAAACAGCCCAGCCAAAGCUGUCGCAUGAGGAAUUGCUGAGCUGUCUUUUCAGGCUGGGGCUACUGGCACUGCUCCUAGUCGCUACAGCUGUGACAGCAGCCACAGACUAUGGGGCCUUCCUCUUGGCGCAGGCAGCUGUCGCCUGGGCUCAGAAGUUGCCCACUGUCCCCGUCACUCUCACGGUCAAGUAUGACGCCUCGUAUAAACUCCUAGACUUCAUCCUCUUCGUCCUCAACCAGCCUCCAGUGGAGAGCAAGUUUGCCUCAGCACAACGCUCCUUCCAGUGGGAGCUAUACUCCAUGCCCCAUGACUGCCCCCUACCUCAGGCUCAACCACCCCAAGUCAGGGCCGCACUGACCGCGGGCGCCCUGCAGCUGCUAGCAGGUGCCACCUUAGUGCUGCAGGCCUACGCUUGGCGCCUUCGGCAUGCUAUUGCCGCCUCUUUCUUCCCUGUCCAGGAAGCCAGGAGAGUUAGCCACUUGCAGGACCGGCUCCAGAGGAGGCAAGAUUGGAAUGACACCUGGACAAACAGGCCUGCACCACGGGCACCUGGGUACCCAGGGAGCCCAGGCAGGGGACAAGAACUCCAGAGUCACAGGGGCUUAAGUCGCUUGACUCCUCUUUGGCCUCCAUGGACCUUGGGUAGAACAUUGCCCUUCUCGGAUCCUCAGUUUCCUUAUCUACAUAAUGAUGGUGCAAUCUGCUUUUUCACAUGGCCUGUGCACAAAAUCAUGGUCUUGAAACUUUGGUGGGUAUCAGGAUAGUCCAGUUCCUUCCGCUCCAGGGAGAUUGCCCUGAUAACAUCCACAUGGAGAUUCUGCCUGUGGGUUCACCUCAGCACUCCUCUGACUUAGAAGCCUCUCAAUCCUCAGAAAUUACAGUUAUGGGAAAGUUUGAGUUUAUUAAUGAGUAUAUUUAUUAUAUAUAAAAAAACCCAGUUUUGCUGUUUUCUGCUCCUCCAGGGCUGUUCCAUCUAGACUUGUCAAGUUUAGUAAAUGGAAGUACAAGAUGCUCUGCUCGGUUUUGAAUGUCAGAGAAGGGACACAUUUGUUUAGCAUCCAGUGGCCCUUGGCUAUGAACCUGGUCUCUGGUUAGCCAUGAGUGGCCUUGAGUUCCCCACAGUAAAAUAAUAACCACAAGAUUAAAAUGACAAAUUUUAAGUUCUCGAUUGACUUUUGGGAUCGGGGAGUCAAGCAGCACCCCAUGCAGUAAAAGAGAAUCAAGUGUUCUGAAGACUAUACAAAGACAUUUGCUCCGUGGAGAGAGAGAGUGGAGUGUAAGGGGCACUAGCCCCAAAGCCUGUUUAACUGUUGUGGAAUACAAAGUUCACAUUCAUUUCCACAGCAUCAGCAUCACAAACACAGAGGGGACGAAACACAUCACUGUAACUGCGGCUACAACAGAUUCUUUUGCUUCUGCGGUGGUCUGAGUGAGAAUCGCCCCCAUAGGCUCAUAUAUUUAAAUGCUUGGUCCCCAGUUGGUGGAACUGUUUGCAAAGGAUUGGGAGGCGUGGCUUUGCUGAAGGAGGUGUGUUGCUGGGAGUGGGCUCUGAGGUAUGGAAAGACCCACACCAUUCCCCGUUAGCUCUCUCUGCUUCAUGCUUGCAGAUCAAGAGGUGAGCCCUCACUACUGCUCCAGCACCAUGUCUGCCCACCUGCUGCCAUUCUCCCCAUCAUGAUAGUCAUGGACUUUAAGUCCCAGAUGAACUUUUUCUUCUGUAAAUUGCCUUGGUCACGGCCUUUUGUCACAGCAAUAGAAAAGGAACUAGGAUGGCAUCCUUUC